AUGUUUUUUUUUAUAAAAAUAAUUAUUUUUAUACUUUUUAUUGUGACAUUUAAUGUUAUCAAUUGUUCACCUGAUGAUUGUUGUCCUUCUGAUAGACAAAAAUAUAGAAGAAGAAAUGGUGGUCAUAGAGGAUACAGAUCUGGAAGAAAUAUGAGAGAAAGAAAAACUACUAUAGAGGAGGAGGAAAAUAAAAAUGUGGGAAAAGACAUAUUUAAACGGCCUGAAAUUUUAGGAAUGGCCACACCAGAUGAUCCAAAAUAUGCUACAUUAAAAAAAUUAAAUGUUAAUAAUAUAUUGGGAAAAAAAAGUGAAAAAAAAAUACAAAAUGAUACAGUACAAAAAAGUUCAAAAUUUACAGCACAACCAACACAGGAAGAAUAA